CAGAAGGAGAAGUGACUCUGUGAUUGAUGGUGAGAGAGAGAGAGAGAGAGAGAGACAGAGAGAGAGAGACUAAUCGGGUGCGGGUGACUGUGUGAGAGUGAGUGUGUGAGAGUGUGUGUGUGUGUGUGAGUGUGUGAGUGUUUAUGUCGAGUUUCCCUCUCCUUCAUCUUUUAUCACAGAGCUUUGACUCGCUUUACUCGGCUCCAGCGACUCUGCGAGCUCCGGAGUGUCCAUCUCCGCCUCUACAAUCAUGGACAAGCACAAAGUGUUGGAGCAGCUAUUGGAGGAACUGCAGCGUUUCCUGAAGCUCCUGGAUGGAGAGAACCUGAGUGGAAAUGCCACUGUGCAGAAGAGCCUGCUUACCGACCUGCUGCACUCAUACACAUCUUCGGAUGGUGAGGAUGAAGAGUAUAUCUAUAUGAACAAGGUCCUUGUCAUUGGACAGAACAAAGACAAAAGAGACAAAGAUCACAGAGCAGAAACAGAGGCCAAUGAAAGUGCAGGAAAGCAUGUCUGUGCACCACAGAAGAGUCUUCCAGAGCUUCCUCCACCCAGAACACCCAUAGGAAGGAGGGAGCCAUUUUCUCUCCCACCAGCUCCAGCACCAGCAUGUAUGGAUUCUCCAGAGAGUUAUUAUGAGGAGGCUCAGCCGUAUGAUUCAGCCAUCAAUGAUGAUGGUGAUGCAGUGAGCAGCUCAUAUGAGUCCUAUGAUGAGGAGGAAGUGCCAAAAGGCAAAUCUGCAGCACAGCACCAGUGGCCAUCCACAGAGGCUUCUAUUGAGCUAAUGAAGGAUGCAAGGAUUUGUGCUUUCCUCUGGAGGAAGAAGUGGCUGGGCCAGUGGGCCAAACAGCUUUGUGUCAUCCGAGAAAAUCGUCUCCUUUGUUACAAGAGCUCAAAAGACCAGACCCCACUGUUGGACGUCAGUCUAAUGGGCUGCAGCGUCAUUUUCAAAGAAAAGCAGCCUAAGAGGAAAGAACACAAGCUGAAGAUCAUCCCCCAGGGUGGUGAGGCCAUUGUGCUGGGCCUGCAGAGCAAAGAGCAGGCUGAACAGUGGCUGAAGGUCAUCCAGGAGAUCAGUCCCAAAUCUACAGAGGGCUCUGAUGUCUCCGAUUCGCCAAGACUCAUCUGUACUAAGACUGAGCUUGGUGAGAGGUACUCCGUGGCAUCAGAGAGUGGCAGCAGCACAGACAGCCAUGUUGAGAACGUUGAGACUAAAGAUGUUAAGAAGAAAUCCGGUGCUGGCCUGAGGCUAAGCAAUCUGAUGAACAUUGGGAAAAAAAAGAUUUCGUCUUUAGAGGGUCCUGAGAAGUGUGUGGAUACAUCAGGCUAUCUGAAUGUCUUGGUGAACAGCCAGUGGCGGACACGCUGGUGUCUGAUAAAGAAUGGUAAGCUUUGGUUCUACCAGGAUAAGGGCAAGUCUAAGGUUGCCCAGCAGCCUGUGGCUCUGGAGGGGUGUAUGGUGCUACCUGACCCCAGCCCAGAACGCCUCUACUCAUUUCGCAUACAGAUGGCUGGAGAGGAGCUUGCUAUCCUUGAGGCUAAAUCAUCUGCUGACAUGGGCCAUUGGCUGGGACUCUUACUCUCACAGACAGGAACCAAAACUGACCCAGAGGACCUCACCUAUGACUAUGUAAACUCUGACAGAAUAUCCAGUAUAGUCAACGCAGCCAAGACCUCCAUGUACUUAAUGCAGAGGAGAUAUUCAGAGCAAAACAUGUACACCGAAAGUCUCCCAACAAACAACAAUGACUCUGAUGACAUAUACGAUGAUGUGGCCUCCAUAGAGAAUGAACAGGAGGAGAGUCAAGAUGGCAACACUGAGAUGGUGAUUAAUCCGGAACAGGAUGGGAAGGACAGGGUAUAUCUGGAUCUGAUCCCUGUCCGCUCCUUCCUCCACACAAAUUCAGGCCAAGUGUCCCCCCAUUCAUCCCCUACAACAAGGAAAGAGCUCAAUCCAGCCCCACCUCCAAGUAAUAGGCAACAUGACCUUGGCAGUUGGGAAGGUGUAUCUGCAGAAUCUGAGUAUGAAGCCUUAUUACCUACAUCCAAAGAAUAUCCUGAUCCUCCAACCGUUCCCCCAAGAUUGGAUGUGGACAACAGCAUUUCCCCAAGUCCUCCUGUUCAGCCCCAACCACAGAACCAGACCCAGCAAGACCAACCCCAUUCCCAGCGGUUCAGCCUCCCAGGUAAGGAAGGCCAGAAGGGCUCUUCCUUACCUUCCUCACCUCACAAUCAGCUCCUUACAGCUUCCAACACACCCAACAGUCCCCCAGCCUCAAGAGUACGGGCUGCAAGUACUGACAGGGCCCUUGACAGACUGAAGUCAUCUGCAGCAGUGUGCUCAGGGUCAAUCGAGGUGAAGCUGGGGAAGAACCGAACGGAGGCUGACGUGCGACGCUUCACAGAUGAGAAAGACCGGCUGGAGCGAGAGAGGGAGGAGGUCAAGACCACACUGGCCUCACUGAGGAAGGAGAGACGGGAAGCAAAAGAGGAGCUGAGUUCAUGUCAAGAUCCUUCUAAACAAACUACUCUGGAGGCAUGUCUGAAGCAGAAGGAGGAGGCAUGCCGUGAGGCAGAACAAAGGAGAGUGGAGGUGGAGCUCAGGCUGAUGGAGGUAAAGGAGAGCUUGAGGAAGGUGGAGGCUGGACCCUUUACUCUGGGCACCACAGUGGACAGCAGCCUACUGGAGUUACCAGCGCCCAAGGUCACCCCUCCUGCCCCCUCCGCUCCAAUCAACAACAGCGACUUCUCACCUGUUAACUCAGCAACGACCCUGAAAAACAGGCCCCUAUCCAUCAUGGCACCCAGCAAAGGAAAUGUACUGCAGAAAGCCAAGGAAUGGGAGAAGAAGUCAACAAACUAGGCAUGAGAAUGAAGAAAACAAGAGCAAUGUGACAAUGACGACAACCUGGGAACUAUGCAAAGCCUUUGCAGGCUUCAAGGUCUUCUUUGGCCAUGGCUUUUGGCAGGAAGUGAAAGCAGCUUUUUUUUGGACCAUGUACUCAUUCCUUCUCAGCGCUCAUUCGCUACUUCCUAAUCCCACUUCUCCUCCAGUGAA